AUGGUCGCCAUCCUCCGCACCCUCGUCGCGCUCGCGACACUAGCCUCGCUAGCGCUCUCUGUGCCCGUCCACACCUCGCGCAGUUCCAAGAUCACCUUCAUCGUCACCAACCGAUGCAAGCACUCUUUCGCCCCCAUCUUCCUCCCCGCCCUCCCCGGUAAGCCGAGCUGGUCGACACUAAAGCACGGCAAGACCGAACGUUACUCGUUCUUCUCCGACGACUACCGCGGCAAAGUCUUCUCGCCGCUUCGUCAAGCCAACACCACCACGGGCGAGGGGGCUACCCAGGGCGAGCUCGACCUCUACUCGGGAGACUACGACAUCUCGGUCGCCAACGGCUUCAACGUGGGCAUGUACAUGCAGCUCCUGGGCCAGCAGGAGGAGGGCUACUGCCAAGCCGCCAUCUGCGGCAGCAAAACUUGCAAAGACGCCUACCACAAGGAGAGUGGCCUCAUGACUGCGUCCAGGAAAGGCGAUGACACUGUCAAGCCCAACCACAGCUGCCCACCAACCUUCAGCACAUGGAACAUCCAGUUCUGCUGA